CAGCAACAACAGUUACUGGCACCAUCAGGGUCAAAACCUGACCAAGCAGCACAAGAGCAGACCUGAACAACUGAGCUCAAUUGGACACCAUGGCCUCCACCCUCUCUGUGCGCAGCUUCUCGGUACGUCAGCCGUCCUUCUCCAGCAUGUCUGUGAAGGACAGUGUUCGCAGCAUGCGCUCCAAGCCUCCCGUCUCCAUCAGCCCGUUCUCUCUGUCCCGCUCUGUCUCAGUUGGCAAUGGCCUCAACAUGCUGGGCUCCAGCCUUUCCCUCAACGGCCUCAAUGUGGGCACCAGCGACAAGGAGACCAUGAUGGGCCUGAACGACAGGCUGGCCACCUACCUGGAUAAAGUGCGCUCGCUGGAGAGGUCCAACUCUGAACUGGAGGUGAAGAUCAAGCAGCUCAUGCUGGAGAGGGCUCCAAAAGGGCAUAACAUCGAGGGGAAGAUGGCUCAGGCACAUGCCAUCGGACAGGAGGUGAGAAAGAAGACGCUGGAGAAUGCCCGGCUCAUGCUGGAGAUUGACAAUGCCAAGCUGGCGGCCGAUGACUUCAGGGUCAAAUGGGAGGCAGAGGCCACUUUGUGCCAGUCGGUAGAGAGGGACUGUCAGGCUCUGAGGAGGGCCAAGUCUGACCACGACCAGAUCAUCGGCACUCUGCGAGGAGACCUGGACAGCCUGAAGGAGGAGCUCUACUUCCUCAAGAAGAAUCACGAUGAGGAGAUGAACUCUCUGAAGGCGCGUUUGGCCAAUGAGCAGGUGAAUGUGGAGGUGGAUGCGGCUCAGGGUCCUGAUCUAGGGGCCAUCAUGGCUGAGCUGAGGGUCCAGUAUGAGGGCAUUGCUCGCAAGAACAAGGAAGAGGCCGAGGCCUGGUACCUCAAGAAGUUGGAAGCAGUGCAGUCGGAGGUCAAAGAAAGCAACGAGGCUUUGCGUUGUGCCCAAAGUGAGCUCAGUGAGAGACGACGUUUCCUGCAGGCUCUGGAGGUCGAACUCGACAGUCUUCGGAAGCAGGUAGGCGUGUUGGAAGGAAACCUCGGAGAAACAGGGCACAAGUACUCUGUGGAGAUGGAUCGUCUUCAGGCCACACUGACCCAGCUGGAGGACGAGCUGUCUCAGCUGCGUUUGGACAUGCAACGCAACAAGACCGACUAUGAGCAGCUGCUGCACAUCAAACAGAACCUGGAGAUGGAGAUCGCCACCUACAGGAGGCUGCUGGAAGGAGAGGAAAUGGUGAAAGAAACACCUCCACCUCCUAAAAAAGACGACGUAAGGACCCGGAAGAUUGUAAAAGUCGUUACCCAAACCAUGAUCAACGGCAAGGUGGUAGAUGAGUCCAGUGAGCUGGAGCAGAUUGAGGAGUGCAAAAAAUGAGCCAAUGAGAAGAGAAUGAGCAGUAAUGUCUCUAAAACCCAAAGUGCCUGCUGGCUGUAGAUCAAAUCUCACCAUGACAUUCUUGCUUUAUGUUCUUGUUUUAUGUACCUUGUAAGCUACAGCUGGUAAUCGGUUAGCUUAGCUUAAUUUAGCUUAAAGGCAACAAGGGUAAACAGCUAGCCUGGUUUGGUGCAACAAAAGCACCUGUACAGCUAACUAAUUAACACAUUACAUCUGGUUUGUUUAAUUCAUAAAAACUGUGUAAAAAGUAUUUAUGAUAAGCUAAGCUAACCAGCUGGCCAACCAACCAACCAGCCAACCAGGCUGUAACAUCAUAUUUAGUGUACAGACAUGAUCUCCUCAUGUAGCUAUGGGCAUGAUAAAUGAUUAUGAGUAUUUCCCAAAACAUUGAACUAUUUCUUUAAAUACUGACUGACUAAUAUUUUUGGGAGGUCACAGUAAAUGUCAUUCAUUGGAAUUAUUUAAAAUUUGUCUUCAUUGUAUGCAAAAACUUUACAGAAUUGAUCUUGACUAUUGAUCUUACAAUAGUAUCGACUGUAUGUGUGUGAUAGUUUCACUGUAAAAUACUAACGGAGGAGCACUGUAAUGGACUGCAGUUUUCAUCUAGAAAUAAAACAAAUCA